AUGGAAGCAAAAUUAGCUGAAUUCCGUAAAUCACAUGCUCAGAAGCAGCCAUCGAUCAAUUGGCGUACAAGUGUAUCUCGUCUAACAUCAAUUUUUUCAAAUUCAUCAAAACAAUCUUUUGAAACAAAUGUCAAAAAAGAUGAAGAUGAAAGCGAAGAAUCUGUAUCUGUCAUUAAUUGGCAGAUAAUUUUAAUAAAAUUUUUUGUUUGGUUAACAUUAUUUAUAAUUUUUAUUCGUAUUGAAUUCGGUGCUGUUUAUUUUAUAAUAUCUCUUCUUUAUAUAAUAUGGUCUAGUUUAAGUGCUCAUCGUCGACGUUCUAAUGAAUUAAGUGCUUAUUCUGUAUUUAAUCCGAAUUGUGAAAAAAUUCAAGGAACAUUUUCAGCAGAAGAUUACGAUCGACAAUUAAGACGUGGUGUUAAACGUUUAUGUAAUUCAUCCGUAAUAAAAUAUCAUUGGCGUCCAAUUGUUGAUGAUGAUUAUCUUCGUUUACCAAAUUUUCAAUCAAUGAUUGUUGCUCAUAUAAAAGAUCGUCGACUAACACCAGAAAUAAUUUCAGUAAUAAAUAAUAUUUAUCCAUGGACAACUUCAUUAAAACAUAUUAGACGAAUACAUAAUUCAGAUAUUCUUCUAUAUCCUUUAAAUUUUCAACAACCACUUGAACAAGAUUUAUUUGAAAAAUAUUUUGAUAAUGAAACAAAAAUAAUGAAUAUUCCAGAAAAUCCUUGUUUAUUAAAAUGGCAAUAUGAUAAAUGUAUAAAAGAACAUUGGUCAAAUAUUAUUUUUCGUGAAAAUAAAAUUGUUGAACAAUCACAAUUAAAAAAAGAUUUAACAGAAAAUGAUGAAAUUAUUUUAGAUUUACUUAAGAAAAUUCAAGAUAAUGAUCAGGAUUCUCGUUGUGCAAUUAUUGUUGAUAAUGAACAACAAAUUCCGUUAGUUGGAACACGAGAUUAUCGUCAUGAACAUCCAUUACAACAUUCAACAAUGGUUGCUAUUGAUUUACUUGCAGCAAAUUCAAUUUAUUCAAAAGAAAAUUUUCUUGAAAAAUUUCUUGAAAAAAAAGAAAAAAAAGCUUAUUUAUUAAAUGGUUGUUCAAUUUAUUUAACACAUGAACCUUGUAUAAUGUGUGCUAUGGCAUUACUUCAUUCAAGAAUAUCAAAUGUUUAUUAUUUAAAAGAAAAUCAACAUGUAGGAGCAUUGGGAUCGAAAUAUAAAUUACAUACUUUAAAAAAGACAAAUCAUCGUUUUACGGUUUAUCAGUUAGAACAAAUAAAUCUUACUGAUAAUCUGAAUACUUCAGAAUAA